AUGCAUCUUACCAGUAUCCUUUUCUACUUGGCGUUCCUGGCGUCCGUGAUCUCUUAUUUUGGUAUCCUCCCGUCCUCCCAAGCGUCCUCCCUAGCAUCCUACCUAGCAUCCUCCCCACAAAUCCCUUCGGCCUUCCUCUUAGGAAUCAUCUCGGACAAUGGGUAUCCUGUCAUGCCGGUCAUCCUUUCGGGAAGCAUCUCGCGCAUCGGUUAG